UGCCCCAUGCCCUCCCUGCACUCUCCUCUCUAUGGUCCCCAGCUCUCAUUCACUUCCGCUUCCGGUCUGGGCCUCCUCUCCGGGCCGCCGCCGCCGCCAGGAUGGUGAACGUGCCGAAAACGCGCCGGACCUACUGCAAGAAAUGCGGGAAGCACCAACCGCACAAGGUCACGCAGUACAAGAAGGGGAAGGACUCGCUCUACGCGCAGGGGAAAAGGCGCUAUGAUCGGAAGCAGAGUGGAUAUGGGGGCCAGACAAAGCCCAUUUUCCGUAAAAAGGCCAAGACCACCAAGAAGAUUGUGCUGAGGCUGGAGUGUGUGGAGCCCAACUGCAGGUCCAAGAGGAUGCUGGCAAUUAAGAGGUGCAAGCACUUUGAGCUGGGAGGAGACAAGAAGAGAAAGGGCCAGGUGAUCCAGUUCUGAGCAUCAUCCUACUCAUCGUGUUGGACCGCAUUAAAGUAAUUAGAUUGA